AUGUACAGCGCCAAAUCUGUGCUGGAGGGUCUUCACAAGCAAAGACAAAAAUACCCACCACGCUCCCACUUUCUGGCCCGAUUAGGGUGUAGUUAUUUCAGCCAUUACUUCUUCAAAGUUCUAGAGCACGAACCGAAAGCCACAGGUACUAACGAUGAAGAGGAGGAUGAGGGAGAACUGUUUGACUUUGACAGUGGAGAUGAGAUACCAGAGGCAGACAGGCAAGCCCUUAUGCCACCUCCUCCUGAUCCUGGAAAUAGCAUAGAGCACCAAGAGGCUAACGCCACAGCUAAAGGGGCUGAUAAUUUAGAAAACAGCGAGAAUCUACGAACAUUGGAACCUGCUGUGGAAGGCACUCCAGCCAAAGUAAAUCCCUACUCAGUCAUAAAUAUUUCACCAGUCCAAGACAAGGAUCUAUCCUCAUCACCAGAACCAAGUCCUCAAGAUGAAUGUGCAAGUCCGAACUUGUCCGGUGGAUAUUCUGUUCCUGUCCCCUGUGGCUAUGCUGUGCCAUCUAAUUUACCUUUGAUACUGCCAGCAUACUCCAGUCCUGUCAUAAUACGCAGUGUUUCUGUAGAUGAAGAAGCAGGUACACAGUCAGCAACUGAAGAAUGUCACUGUAAUUCUGUAAAUUCAGAGGAGCCUCAAAAUAGUGAAGAUAACCAGGCCAAGAGGGAGGAUGAUGCUCUGGCCAAGUGGGUUGCAGAUCCUGCAAAUACAGCAUGGAUGGAAAACCCAGAUGAAGUAAUUUACGAUGAUGUGCCAAGAGAAAAUUCAGAUUCUGAACCAGAGGAAAUGAUUUAUGAUGAUGUUGAAAACGGUGAUGAUGGUGGAAACAGCUCGCUGGAAUAUGGGUGGAGUUCAAGUGAGUUUGAAAGCUAUGAAGAACAGAGUGAUUCUGAGUGUAAAAAUGGAAUUCCCAGCUCCUUUUUGCGAGGCAACCACAAGAAACAUCUUUCUCAUGACCUAACGCGUUUAAAGGAGCAUUAUGAAAAAAAGAUGAAAGAUUUGAUGGCAAACACUGUGGGAGCAGUAGAGAUUCAGCAACUAAAGCAAAAACAUGAGCUGAAGAUGCAAAAGCUUAUGAGAGCUGCUAGAGAAGGUACCAAAGAUGGGCUCGAAAAGACAAAGGCAGCUGUAAAAAAGGGUCGUUCUUUCAUUAGAACAAAAUCUUUUAUUUCUCAAGAUCAUAGAUCAUCAUGUCUGGAAGAAGAGGAGCUAAAUUUAUUUAUUGAUGUGGACUGCAUGCAUACAGAAGCAAUUAUGACUCCUAUGCCUGAAGGAUUAUCACAGCAGCAGGUUGUGAGAAGGUAUAUUUUGGGCUCUGUAGUUGACAGUGAGAAGAAUUACGUGGAUGCUCUGAAAAGAAUCCUGGAGCAAUAUGAGAAGCCCCUUUCAGAUAUGGAACCAAAAUUACUGAGUGAAAGAAAACUCAAAAUGGUCUUUUAUCGAAUUAAGGAAAUUCUUCAGUGCCAUUCAAUGUUUCAGAUUGCGCUGGCGAGUCGUGUAUCUGAAUGGGACUCUGUUGAAAUGAUUGGUGAUGUCUUUGUUGCUUCAUUUUCUAAAUCUAUGGUACUGGAUGCGUACAGUGAAUAUGUAAACAACUUCAGUACUGCAGUAGGGAUUCUCAAGAAAACAUGUGCCACCAAACCUGCCUUUUUAGACUUCUUAAAGCAGUGCCAGGAGUCAAGCCCUGAUCGAAUUACACUGUAUGGUUUAAUGAUGAAACCUAUCCAGCGCUUUCCACAGUUCAUUCUACUAUUGCAGGAUAUGCUGAAGAACACUAAUAAAGGACAUCCUGACAGAUUACCUCUACAGAUGGCUCUUACAGAACUCGAAACACUGGCAGAGAAGUUAAAUGAAAGGAAAAGGGAUGCAGAUCAGCGCUGUGAAAUAAAACAAAUAGCAAAAGCAAUGAACGAACGUUAUCUGAACAAGCUACUCAGCAGUGGAAACAGAUACCUCGUACGGACUGAUGAUAUGGUUGAGACUGUUUACAAUGACAAAGGAGAAAUUAUCAAAACCAAAGAACGACGACUUUUCAUGUUAAAUGAUGUGCUGAUGUGCGCAACAGUAAAUAUUCGCUCUUCCUACGAAAGCAGUGGCACCGUGACAACUGGCCAGAGAUACUUAUUGAAGUGGAGCGUACCACUGGGACAAGUGGAAGUCAUAGAAUAUGGCAGCAGCGAGGGCCAAGGAGAGAACUGCAGGUUUCCACCGCAGCACUCUGCUGAAAAUGUUGUCAUUAACUCUAAGCCAAGUAAGUGA